AUGGUUGAACAUAAAACGAAUGAACGACAACCAUUAAUUGCACGUUCUAUGAACCUUCAGUUUCCUUCUAUAUAUCAACAACAUCAUCAGAAUUCAGAGCAUGAAAUUUCACCUAUUUUAAAGAGAGUUCUUAUUGAAUCGCCUGUACAAAAAGUAGUGGAUAUUGAAACAGUAAAUAGAAAAGCAAUAAAACGUACAAAGCAUGAAUCACCUACGAAAUCGAAAACAUUGGCUCAAACGCACUUGAUAUCAACAGAAUCAUGGAAACGAACAUUUUCAAUUGAAGAAACAAACGCAAAAGUUCGAGAAUGGCAACGGCAAUACCGCAAAGCAUUUCCAAGCUUCAGAUUUUAUUUUGAUUCAGUUGAUCAAAAUGUAAAGCAUAAAAUUACUAAGCAAAUCAAUAAAUUAGGCGGAACUGUUGAAGCAUUUUUCUCAAGAAACAUUACGCAUGUUAUAACAACUAGGCCAAUUCCAGACUUUACAAAUAUUUCUCUUCAGCUAGCUCAAAAAUCAUCUUUAAAUUCCAAUAACACUUUUUCUAUGUUUUCUGCAUCUCAAAAUAGAUCUCGGAAGCUUUUUGGACUUUCUGAUCUUUUAAAAGAUUCAUGUAUAACAAGCAAACUUAAUCAAGAAGAAUUGUUGAAAAAUGAUGUUUUAAUCAAGGCGCAUGAAUAUGAUAUAAAAAUAUGGUCAUUUGAUAAAUUUGUAAACAGAAUUUUACGUUCACUUCUUGAUCCAUCUUUAACACCUAACCAACCUAAACUUUCUCAUCUUCUUUAUGACGAAAAGGUUAAUGGGACCAGGGAAAGAGAUCGAGCAACACCUCGUGAAGAUUAUGUUUAUUUUAAGGGACCUUAUCUUUUUGUUCGUGAUAUAUCAAAUAUUUAUCGUCCUAUCAUAGUAAAAGAGUGGCCUAAACCACCUAAUGGUAAAAUUUCGGAAGGAGAAUGGCCACAAUUUCGGAUUACUGAAUUGGGUCAUUGCCCAUUUAUCCGAGACAAUGCUCGAAAGUCUCAUCCUCCUUCAUCUUUACAAAAACAUAAAGUAUUAAAAGAAUUACAAAAUAUUCCUGAGCCAUCAAAAGACCUUAAGGAAGUUCUUUAUCGCUUAAAAGAUGAUUCUAGUAAAAUUUAUAACCAGGUUCAAUCCAAACGUUAUCAAACUGAUACAAAUGCAUCUGGGAUUAUACAAUCAAAUCUUACAUCAGCUACACGUUCUCAAACAUCUACUAAUGCUAGAAGUGGAGGAAUGGCAGGAUCUAUUACAAUACCACUAAGUAAAUCAGUGGAUGAUCUUAAAAGAAAAAUUUUUAUUCAAGUACAACGACGUUCUAUUCAUGAAAAUAUGAAUGUAUUUCAGCAAUCUCAAAUUGAUCCUACAGAUAAAAAAAAAAUAAAAAUAGAAAGUAGACCAGGCUAUUGUGAGAAUUGCAGGGAAAAAUUCGAAAAUUUUGAUCAGCAUAUAAAUUCUCGUCGUCAUACUAAAUAUGCUGCUAACGACCAAAACUUUAUUGAAUUAGAUGAAUUGCUUUCUACCUUAAAAAGAAAACAACUACCAUGGAAUAUUCAAACAUAAUCAUAAAUUUAAUC